GUUGGAUUACACAUUAAAAUCUUUAAAUGAAAGUAUCUAUGUUCUUUUAGUCCAGUGUUUCACAAGGGUUGGAAACGCCAAUACUCCACAGGAUACACCAAGAUGUUGGCAAAACUCAUAACAGGUUGUGUUGUCAUGACACUCUUCUCCAUGGCAACCGCGCAGACCACUGGAAUGACCACGUGCCAGCAAACGUUUCUGCAGCGGUUGUACGCCUGUGUCGGCAGCAGCAACAUGGACGUGAACAACUUUCUCUGGUUGGUCACAAACAGAACCAAUGGUCAAGCUCCAAACAACACUGAUCCCAACACCUUCAAAAAACAGGCUUGUGGUCAAGAAGAAGCCCUUGUCAAGUGUGGCAUUGAGUUCAUGAGGGAACUGAUAAACGCCUCAAUGUGCAAUUCCAGCCCGACCCAGUCCGAGGACCAGCGCCCCCUCAUUGACCGUCAGUUCCGGGCUUUGUUUGGAUCAUUUGAUCAAAUCUGUGCCCAUCCUUGUCGUCAAACACUGACUACAGACUUACGUAACUGCUACACUGAAUCCAACCUCGACCCAGAUCUUUUCCUGUCCAAUUCCACAAUGGGGCGUGGCGCCGUUAUCGGGACGACAGAUGACCAGGCUCAGACAUUCUGCAAAAACAAGGACGCACUCGUCAUGUGUAUGAAAAAGAGGCGAGACGACUGUCCCGAGUCUCCCAUCGUGCUGCGAGCUAUUGGUCUGGACAUUGACUCCAUGGAGAAAGGUGUUGGAGUCUUGUGCAAGCAUACUGAUCUGUACCUUGUCGGUAUUGAUUGCUUCGCGGAGCAGACCGAGUCGGUUAUGCAAUGUCUGCAGAAACAGACCCAGGACACCGUGCAGCUGAUGUUGGCCUCCCAGCAAGAGAACCUGGAGGAGCAGCAGUUCAUGGACAGAUUCUGCCAGAUUCGUGUUGACCAUGUAGGCUGUGACCUUGACGCUUGGGGCCAAAAGAAGCACAAGUCGUGCAGCCCUGCUGUAAUGGGCCUCAGGACGGAGCUGGAGUGCAACCUGCUCCCUGAUGUGUGUAAAGAGCGUCUGAAGAGCACCGUUGACAAAAUAUGCCAUGUCGACAACUUCAAUCGAGACAAAAGACUUGGUGGUGGUGCAACUUCCGCUUACGUCUCAAUGGCAACACUUCCAUUUGUGCUGAUGGCUGCCAUUUUAAAUUACUAAACUGGUCACUCCUCAUCGAAAGCUGUUUGAAAAAAUAUACUACAGAGCAAUGAUAGAUAAAACAGAAACAAACAUCCUGAUGAAGUCUUAAUGACGGAGAAAAGGAAAAUGUACUGUUUGUGUUUUAUUUGUGAAGUGUUGAGUUACAUAAAACGCAUUAAAAGAGAAAAUACUAUUUAAUGAAUAUUUUAUUUAUACUCCUUAUAUGAAGUACAAAGUAUUUAUGUUUGUUAAUUGUUGAAUUAAAUUUCCUUGUGAAUGCACAUACAAUUGUUCUUACAUUGUCUGCUUCUGGUCCAGUAGUGCUUUGGUCCCAUUGUAAAUAGUGUUGUAUUCAAACUAGGUAAAACUUUAAAUUCAAAACCAUUUUUGUUUAUCUUAGUUGGAUACAAUAACGGUCGUGUACACAACUGUUCAAAAUAAACUUCCCUCUUGAAAGAGACCGCGGCGCGGAACUUCUUCGUCACGGUUGCGCCAGUAGCACGUUUGUUCCUUGAUCACAAACGAUGCGCGAAUCUAUAACGCCAAGGUCAAAAUCGAGGCACUUUUGUUUUGUACUGCAAGGCAAAACAAAUGCCCUCUUCAUUGCAACCGAGGUGCGAACCUUUCGUUCACCUUCCGUUGUCUGUCUUGUAUUGUAGAGGUUGUUCACUGUCAAGAUGAUAGCAUAUAUUCAAAGGAUCUGUACCGUAAUCCGUAGCUUUUAAGUCCACUAGCCGUAGAUCCUACAUUGCUUUGUAAGAAAAAUGCCUGUUUGCUUGUCUUAACUUUUGCUGUAUUGUUUGUCAUGAGGUGUCACAUCACACCCCUACCUGUACAUACGGAAUAAAUAUCAAAUGAUUGUCA